UUCAAGUGAAAAAAAAAAAAAAAAAGAGAGAGAGAAGAUAAGUUAAUCAUAUUAUGUCUCACCCAAUCCACCAAGCCAAUGAAAACAGCCCAUUUGGGGACUUGUCAACUGAAGAAUUCUACAAAAAGAACCAAAUUCUCCACCACCAAUCCUUCAUGCUCAACAAUGACAACAUGAACAUCUUUACUCAAUCAUGGCGUCUUGAUUCCACUUCAAACCCUAAAGGGUUAGUGGCUAUGGUCCACGGCUACUCCUCUGAGAGCAGCUGGCUCAAUGAGCUUACUGCAGUAGCCAUAGCCAAAGCUGGGUUCUUGGUCUGUGCUCUUGACCUCCAAGGUCAUGGCCGCUCUGAUGGGUUCCCUGGUCACAUCCCAAAUAUCCAACCUCUUGUUAAUGACUGCAUACAAUUUUUUGACUCUUUUAAGAAACAUCAUCCAAAGCUUCCUGCUUUUCUUUAUGGAGAAUCACUUGGUGGUGCAAUUUCAAUUCUCAUAUGCUUGAAACAAAGAUUUGCAUGGAACGGUUUGAUUUUGAACGGUUCAAUGUGUGGAAUUUCUCCCGAGUUUAAACCCAUUUGGCCAUUAGAGAAGCUACUUCCUAUGGCUGCAUUCUUUGCACCCACUUGGAAAGUUGUGGCCACAAAGCCUGUAGCCAGCAGAUCUUAUAAAGAAGAGUGGAAGAGAAAGUUGGUGGCGAAGAACCCAAAUCGCCGGACGUCCGGGAAGCCACCGGCGGCAACGGCAUUAGAGUUUCUGAGGGUUUGUGAGUAUGUAAAGAGGCAUUGCCAUGAGCUGGAUGUUCCAUUGCUGAUGGUGCAUGGGGAGAAUGAUAUGGUUUGCGACUGCAAUUCUGCCAGGUUUGUGUAUGAAUCAGCUGCAAGCAAGGACAAAAUGAUCAAGAUAUUUCCUGAUAUGUGGCAUGUUUUGAUUGGAGAACCAAAGGAAAAUGUAGAGCUUGUAUUUGAGACUAUAUUCUCAUGGCUGAGAGAGCAUGCUUCUAAAGCUAAAACCAAACAUAUUAGCUAUUUUUAAUUCAGCAAUAAGCUUAAUAUGGAGCUUAAAGUCUCAAUUAAAAUUAAUUAUAUUUAAAUAAAACUCUUUUUUUGUUUUUUUACAUGGUUAUUAAUUAAAA